AUGGAUGGAUGGUCUUCAAGGGCCGCGUUUGCGCGCGAGGGUGUUGAAGCGCUCUUGCGUCAAAUUGCAAACGCGGUUAUGAUAUUUGUUGCUGACUUGAAGAACCUGAGUUUCCAUUUGAACGUCGUAGUCUUGGUGGACACUCGGCAAAGGGUCCUUGACAGCUGA